AUGGCCUGGUACUCCAUCCUCCCCUCGCACUUAACCGUCUACGAGACGUGGAUCAUUCGGGCUUUCAUAAUCCUCGCCAUUAUUAACAUCGCACCUUGGAUCCUCGCCCUCCUGUAUGAUCUCCUAUAUUACAUCUUCCGCCGCAUAUGGCACGAGAUCCCCAUCUGGGGCGGUCGGGCCCGCGGCGAACACCGACCACGAGCCCCUAGUCUGAGAGACCGAAAUCGUAGGAUGAGCUUCAGGGAUAUCGUCACAGGUGGUAGCUCCGGUUCGGGCGACCAAAACACAAAUGACGGUGCUGGCGAGUUCAGGAGAAGGAGUGCAAGACAUCAGAAGUCGCUCAGUUCGCAGAGUAUUGAGGAAGAAGGGGAGGACGACGUUGACGGAGACAUACCGACGCGAUAA